GAUGGGACACACGGCCAAGGAAACAGGAACCACUGGGGCUUCAAGGCCAUGAAGGAGGACAAGUUGCAGAGGCCGCUCUCAGACAUGGAGUCGUGGAAGCUGGCCCGCGAGCGGAGUGAUCGCAAGGAGGGCGAGAACCAGUACUACGGCAACACCAAGCAACACCUGGAGUCUUACAGUCAGAACUAUCAGAAGUUGCAUCCGGAUGUUCCCGUUCCUGAGGUCGCCCAGUCUCAGAUCGACGACACGGCGGUGGUGGCCAUCCAGGGUAAGUCCCAUGGCCGGUAUCCGUGUUUCGAUGGCUUGAUCACUCCGUCGAUCUCAUACACACGGCUUCGAGCUACCAACCCGAGCCCGUUAGAGAGGACCUUCCCAGGCCGGAGCGAGUUUGUGAGGUCGUUUUUGAACUACUCGGAGUACAAGGUCUCCUUCCUGAAAUGCUCGACCCCUGACGUUGCGAGCGUGGAAUCGACGCUGAUCUUGCUGAUAGAUGCUCGACCGAACCAAAGCCAUCUCGCGCUCUUCCUCCAGGAGAUCGACCGCGUCUUUGCGUGCUUGCUCAACUUCAGCUUCUGA